UUAUAGACAUCGUACUUUUCCUAAAUACUGCUUGUUCCGCUGCGUUUUAACAAAACGUGUUUUCUGCCACUGCUCGCAGGUAAUUUAUUUGGAGGGAAAUGCUAAAUAAAAGCUCCCCACUGAGCUGCUUCAUAGCUAAUUGCUAGUUUACAGCUAGGUAACUUGGUAAAUCCAUCUGCCACCGAGCCAAUGAGAAACAUUUUAGUAUCCAAAAAUUAUGAACAAAACAGCUAUGUGCUCAUGAUGGCUUCUUGUAAUAGGUACUGCUUACUCUGUAAAUGAAUAUAUACACCAUAUAAGGAACUAAGUGAGAGAGCUCAACUUCAGAACGCUUUGACCUGGCAGUGCAUCUCUAGUGAAAGCAUUAUGGGUCUGUAUAAUUUCACUUUAGUUGUUGUCCUUGCAUCUGCUCUGUCAGCAUGUAUGUACAUGAACCACUUGUCUAAUCAUGAAACCAGACUGGUUCGGUCAGUCAAUGCUAGGCAAAAUGAGAUCAUAGCACAUGAAAGACUUGUUAAUAAUCCAGCCAAACCACAGGAUAAUGCUGUGGAGUCCAGGGGAAUCCACCCUGAGAGCUCCCAAGAGACUGAUAUUUACAGAGGUAAUAAGUGCACCAUGGCCCCAGAGAGUCGGUUUGACUGUGCCAGGGACAGGCUUCUCAGCCAGACACAGUGUGAGGAGAGGGGAUGCUGCUAUGCCCCUCUGCCCAACUCUGCAGGACCACCUUGGUGCUUCUACCCCAGUUUGUACCCUGGCUAUAAAAUGGGUCCACUCACUCCCACCACGGGAGGCCAGGGUGCCACCCUGACUCGUGCCAAUGCCUCCUAUCUCCCCAGAGAUAUCUCCACUUUAAGCCUGGAAGUCAUUGAGGAGACUGCAGGCUGCUUGCACCUCACUUUGAAGGACCCAUCAUCUCAGCGAUAUGAAGUCAAGCUCCCAGCUGGUGUUCCUCAGAGCAGAGCUGAUUCCUAUGAUGCCCUCUACACCACUGAGUACCAGUCUGACCCAUUUGGUUUCAUAGUGCGACGUAAAUCCAAUGGAAAUGUGAUUAUGAACACCACUGUGGCUCCUCUGCUGUUUGCCGACCAGUACCUGCAGCUGUCCACUGCACUGGCCUCUUCCCUUGUGUCUGGCCUUGGGGAGCAUUACACCUCCCUCCUCUUGGAUCUUAACUGGACCUCUCUGACUCUCUGGAACAGAGACAUGGCACCUCAUGCCGAUGCUAACCUCUAUGGCUCCCACCCGUUCUACAUAGUACAGGAGGAGGAUGGCUUGGCACAUGGAGUUUUCCUUCUCAACAGCAAUGCAAUUGAGGUGAUGUUGCAGCCGACCCCCGCUCUCACCUGGGUGUCCACUGGAGGAAUCCUUGACCUGUAUAUAUUCUUGGGUCCUGACCCUCAAAGUGUUGUACGACAGUACCUCCAGGUCAUUGGUUAUCCCAUGAUGCCACCUUACUGGUCACUGGGCUUUCAUCUGUGUCGCUGGGGUUACACAACCACUAAAACAACUCGCAAGGUUGCACAACGUAUGCACAAUGCCAGCCUUCCACUGGAUGUGCAGUGGAAUGAUCUGGAUUAUGCAAAUAAGCUCAGGGUUUUCACUUUUGACCCCUGGCGAUUUGGGGACCUCCCGGAGAUGGUGGAGGAGUUCCAUAAGAGAGGCAUGAAGUACAUCCUUGUUCUGGACCCGGGGAUCAGCAGCACCAGCCCCCCUGGAACUUACCCUCCCUUUGAUGAUGGACUGAAACGAGACGUCUUCAUUAAAAAUGCUACAGGACACAUCCUGAUAGGGAAGGUUUGGCCCGGCCCAACAGCCUUCCCCGACUUCACCAACCCAGAGACCAGACAGUGGUGGGAGGACUGCAUCAGAGAUUUUCAUUCUAAAGUGCCCGUGGAUGGACUGUGGAUUGAUAUGAAUGAACCAUCCAGUUUUGUCCAGGGCUCAGUGGGGGGCUGUCCUGACAGUGAUCUUGAGAACCCCCCCUACACACCCAGGGUGGUUGGAGGCCAGUUGAACUCAGGAACUCUUUGUAUGUCAGCUCAGCAGAGGCUGUCCACUCACUACAACCUGCACAACAUGUACGGACUGACAGAAGCUUAUGCCACUAACAGAGCCCUUACGAAGGUACGAGGAAAGAGACCCUUUGUCCUGUCCCGCUCCUCUUACCCUGGCAUCGGACACUUCUCUGGAGUGUGGACAGGUGAUGUGAGGAGUGACUGGGAGCAGCUUCGAUACUCCAUCCCUGCGGUGCUGCAGUUCAGCCUGUUCGGGGUGCCUUUGGUGGGGGCGGACAUCUGUGGUUUUGGAGGCAACACCACUGAAGAGUUGUGUGUACGAUGGAUGCAGCUUGGGGCCUUCUACCCGUUUAUGAGGAACCACAAUGACAAGCCAAAUGCUCCUCAGGAGCCCUAUGUAUUUGGACAGAAGGCCCGGGCAGCCAUGCGGAGUGCAUUGAACCUUCGUUACUCCCUUCUCCCAUUCCUCUACACACUCUUUCAUCGUGCACACACCUCUGCUGAGACUGUGGCCAGGCCUCUCUUCAUGGAGUUUCCCACUGACCCUAACUGUCAGACCAUAGACAGGCAGUUCCUCUGGGGUAGUUCUCUUCUCAUUAGCCCAGUUUUAGAGCAAGGGUCAGUAGAGCUGGCUGCGUACCUGCCCCCCGGCACUUGGUACAGCCUGCACAAUGGUCAACCUUUCUACAGUAAGGGGCAAUACCUGCUUCUGCCAGCCCCUCUGGACACCAUCAACGUCCAUGUGAAGGAGGGACACAUCAUCCCCCAACAGGAGCCUGCUCUGACAACCACAGCCUCACGCGGAAACCCUUUCUUCCUGACGGUGGCACUGUCAGCUGGCGGCUGGGCCUGGGGCGACUUGUUCUGGGAUGACGGGGAAAGUCUCGACACCUAUGAAAUGGGAAAUUAUUGUUACGUCACCUUCAUUGCUGGACAGUCUCAGAUUGUGAGUGAUCCUCUGAGGCUGAAUGGGGCCCUGGAUGGUCUGAUACUGGGAGGGCUGCAGGUCUUUGGGGUUCCCUCACUACCCCGCUAUGUAUUGGCCAAUGGGGAGGAAGUCAGGGAUUUCAUGUACCGCAGCGACACCAAGGUUUUGACAGUAACCAGCCUGGCCUUGCCCAUGUCAGAGGUGUUUACAGUCCAAUGGGCUCUCUGAUGCACUGAACACUGUUACACAUGAGCCUCAGCAUUCUGCACAGUUGCUGAAAAGACCAGCUGAUUUCUUUUAGCUGUCCCAACCACUCCAGAGCUCAGUAUGCACCUUACAUUUGAUCUGUCUCAUUUUCCAGAUUGUCGCCUUUGUAAGCAGGUUUUUAAAAAUGUGUUAACAUCAAACAUGGGAGCCAUCAUCUUGAGAUGAAAGCUACUUUUGUGCUGCACUGAAUCAAGAUAAUUUAAUGCCUUAUAAUUGUAUAUAGUUUUUAUAACUAUUUAUAGUCCUUUUGUAUUUUUUUUUAAAUCAUCUUUGUUCCUCAGGUGCUUUGCUAAUAAAAAACAGUG